AUUCGAAUGGUUCGGUGAAAUGGGUUUGCGCUGGUAUGCCCUGCCCGCGGUAUCGGGUAUGCUGUUCGAUGUCGGUGGCAUUCAAUUUACGGCAACCGCAUUCAGUGGCUGGUACAUGUCCACCGAGAUUGGUUGUCGGAAUUUGUGCGAUGUUAAUCGGCGAAAUAUUUUAGAGACUGUGGCAUUGAAAAUGAAUUUGGAUACCCGCACCCCAACCUCCUUGUGGAAGGAUAAGGCCUUGGUCGAAGUCAACAUCGCAGUGCUGCACUCGUUCCAAAGUCGCAACGUGACCAUUGUCGAUCAUCAUACGGCCAGUGAGAGUUUCAUGAAGCACUUUGAAAAUGAAUCGAAAUUGCGGUAA